GUAAAAUACCUAUAUCAUGUCGUCUCUGUCACGUUGAAUCAUGUUGCGCAGUCUUUAGUCCGGUGGCGUUGAUAGGAGAACGCGUCUUGACGCAGCGUCGUCGAGUCACAUUACAUUUUCCCAACCUAGAAGCUCAACCGCGACACAAACCCAAACAUGCCAUACUCACAUCAUAGCCACUCUGGCCAGUUCUGUGGCCAUGCAAAGGACACGCUUGAACAGGUCAUCCAGGCAGCCAUAGCCAAAGGCUUCCAUACCUUUGCGCUAACAGAGCAUAUACCCCGGCCAAUCGAAGACUUCUACCCCGGAGAAGCUGAGUCGCACACGGUUGAGAGCCUUGCCAAGCUAUUCGACGACUUCAUUGUCGAAGCCAACCGGCUGAGGGAUAAAUACUCGAGCCAGAUACAGAUCCUGAUUGGCUUUGAAUCAGAAUGGAUUCGCCCGUCGACCCUGGAGCUGAUUCAGAGCGUCCGCGAAAAAUAUCCGUUUGACUUUUUCAUGGGCUCUGUCCACCAUGUCCAUACGAUACCCAUCGACUACGACCGCAAGAUGUACGAGCAGGCGAGGGACAAGGCGGGCGGGACAGACGAGAGGUUGUUUGAAGACUAUUUCGAUUCUCAAUUGGAGAUGCUGCAGGCGCUGCGACCCCCAGUCGUCGGGCACCUGGACCUCAUCCGUCUGCUGAGCGAUCACCGCGACGAUGGGUUCAAAGGUAUGGCUGGUGUUUGGCAAAAGAUUGAGCGAAACCUGGAAUUCAUUGCUUCAUAUGGCGGUCUGCUCGAACUCAACUCUGCCGGGUUGCGCAAAGGUCUGGCCGAGCCGUAUCCGUGCUUGCCAAUAUGUCAGAUGUUCCUUCGCAUGCGAGGCGGUUUCGUCAUGUCUGACGACAGCCAUGGAAUCGAUCAUAUUGGCACAAACUAUGCGUGGCUUCUUGCCUUCAUCCAGACUGUAGGCACUGACCGCAUACACUAUGUCGAGCGGGCCGAGCAAGGUAAAGGCACUCGCUUCGCCAGCAUUGCUCUGACCGACCUGGUGCAGUUGCCAUUUUGGGAGAAACCAAACUGAGGUUGGCUUCGUCAUGGCCCGACUUUUGGUGCGCCGCUGACGAGGGUUCGCUCUUGUGCUGAACGUUGCGGGUCUUACGACCGGAGCAAUAGCCUUGUGGAAUAUUGUGCAACGGUGGUUUUAGGGUACCUACAUUACAAGCAAUGCGCAACCUUUUCAUUGGAC